AUGGACGAUUACGUUGAUGUGGUUGGAUACAAGAAAUUUUUUGCUGUUGUUAGAUACUGCCAAGACGAUUUCUUGGUUGUUGGAUAUCGCUACGAGCAUGUUGUUGUUGUCGUUUUAUGCAAUUUUUGCAAGAAGAUUGUAGUAUAUAAGAAUCGUCCAAGAAACACAUUGACUAGAAAGAAAGUUAACCUUACUUACAUUCUCAAUAAUAGUGCAAGAAGAAACACAUACAAGAAAAGAAAACUUAGUGUUAUGAAGCAACUAGAUGAAAUCACCACUCUGUGCGAUGUUGAAGCGUGUACCGUCAUCUAUAGUGACUUUGAUCCCCAACCUGUUGUUUGGCCGUCUAUGAAUGAAGUACGGAGACUCAUUACAAAGUACCAGAGUUUUCCGAAGGCCGAUCAAGGAAAACGAAAAGUCAACCAAGAGACCUUUACGAGGCAAAGGCUCCAAAAGAUACAAGAGAAACUAAGAAGACAGGAAAGAGAGAACCGUCAUAGUGAGAUGACUCAUACCAUGUUUCAAUCAAUGAUGAAUCCACAACAUGCUAUGUCAGGUCUGAAUACCGAAGAAGAUUUCAAGGACCUGGCUAGAGUUAUCAGUCAGAACUUGAUGGAGGUUAACAGGAUGAUGGACUCCUCCUCUUUCAACCCUCCAACUCAUGGGGGAUUUGGCUCUUGCAUGGCGCCCAACAUGACAUGUCCUCUUCCGGCCAUGGAGUUUCCGCCUCCUUAUAACAUGGGGUUUGAACAUCCUAACACUGGAUUUGAGACCAGUUACAUGAAUUUCCAACCUCCAAACUUGGAAUUUCAGCCUGCAAAGAUGGAAGUUCAACCUCUACCAUCUGAUUUCCAGCAAAAUAACAUGCCAUACAAUGAUCCUAACAUGGAAUUUCAGCCUCUUCCAUCUGAUUUCCCGCAGAAUGGCAUGCCAUACCCAAGCAACCCGCCACCAUUUCCUCACUAUCAUAACGAAGACAUGGGGCCACAUGAUCCAUCUUCACAUUAA